AUGUCGCAAAGCAUUCCUUACUUCCGCCCUGCCACCCAAGCCCAAGGGCUGGCUAACUACCCACACGCGCGUACUGUACAGUCCGCCGACGGAAAGGGCUCAUAUGUCUAUGUUUCAGGGACUUCAUCUCGGCGCGGCAAUGGCACAUUUGUGGGAGCUACUCCAGCCGCCGACGGCACUAUUGCCUUCGACAUCCGACAGCAGACCGCAGCCGUGCUGUCCAACAUCGACGCAAUCAUCAAGGGGGCAUCGGAUGGCCGGGCAGGCAUUCACGAUACGGUCGAUGCAACCGUCUUUCUCACGAACAUGAAGGAUGAUUAUACGGGAAUGAACUCCGAGUGGAAUAAAAUUUGGCCCGAUCGCAAUACAGCUCCAGCGAGAACAACAGUCGAAGUGCGGGCAUUACCAAGGGAAGAAAUAAUUGUGGAAAUCAAAUGUACUGUUUAUUAUGUGUAG